ACGGAAGAAGGAAAAUGGAGGCGGCAGUGUUCAUCCUGUCACUGGUGGACUGCUGUGCACUGAUUUUCCUCUCGGUUUACUUCAUCAUCACCCUGUCUGAUCUAGAAUGUGACUACAUCAAUGCCAGAGCCUGCUGCUCCAAGCUGAACAAAUGGGUCAUUCCAGAGAUGGUUGGGCAGUGUCUCUCCACGAUGCUGAUGUUGAUCUCCAUGCACUGGUUCAUCUUCCUCCUCAACCUGCCUGUAGCAGCCUGGAACAUUUAUAGACAUGUGAAGGUUCCAAUGGGAAACAUGGGCGUGUUUGACCCCACUGAGAUCCACAACCGAGGUCAGCUCAAGUCCCACAUGAAGGAGGCCAUGAUUAAACUGGGUUACCACCUGCUCUGCUUCUUCAUUUAUUUGUACAGCAUGAUCCUGGCUCUCAUCAACGACUGAAGCACUCAGCAAGCUCUCUGACGCCCCCCCCCCCCCCCCCCCCCCCCAGCUGCCAAAUUCCAGACUCCGGGGGUUUGCUGUUUAGCCCUCACAUCCCGCUCCUGCACUGUAUGCACCAAAUCUUUCAGAACAGCCGAGAGAACAAGUUUACUGUGACUGUGCUGAUUCCGAGGCUCACGUUCUUAUCAGCGCUGUCCCAGACUUUUAACUUCGAUCCAAUACUAAGGUUGAGAUUUAACACUUCAGUACCAUCAUGACAAAAUUCUGCAGCGAAGGUGUCAGUUAUUUUUUUUUCAGCCUCUUUCUGCAGCGCUGGGUUCAGUGGCUGUUGGAACCAUUGUCAGCAGAUAGAAACACAGACAGUGAUUUUUGAGUGUUUUUACCACCAAAGCCAAAUUGGUAAAAAAAAAAAAUGCCAAUCAAUCAAAUCUCAAAACCCAGUGUGGGGUAUCUUGCCCUCCCCCCCCUCCCUGCCCGGACUCUUCGGCCUCUGUAGUUGACUGUGUGUUGACAGUCCACAGGUCUGGCACCAACAGUCGCUUCAGGCUCAGCGUCACACAGAUCGCGUUUCUUUUUCCCCUUCAGAUGUUUGGUCUCAACAGUGACUGAUCCUCUUCACUGUGUCCGCAGGCUGGUGGACGGUUUAAUGUAGCAGACAGGGGACAGUGCUUAUUGAUCCACGUCCUGCCAUCACCUAAAGCCGGAGGUUUGUGAUGGUACUGAAGUGUAGUGAAGACUCCCUGAUCAUCAUCACUGAUCCUGUUCUGAGACCUUUCAUGCAUACAGGACCUGCCAGACUUCCAGCAUCACACUCCAUCACUGAUCACCAACCACAGCUCAGCCUACACACACACACACACACACACACACACACACACACACACACACACACUUAGAUAAAUAUACUGACACAUUUGCCUCCGUGUAUGUGUGUGUAUUCAUCACACACACACACACACACACACACGUCCCUGGGCAGAGUGAAGGACAAUCACACUAACCGCACACAUAAACACACACACACACACAGUCUGGUGUUGCACUGGAUGCAGCCAAUAGAAGCAGUUGUUCUGUUGAGUCUGUGCCGCUGUGUGUGAGUAACGGCUGUUGUAUUGUCACUGUGUGAGUGGCAGCGUGGAUCUGACCUCAGUCGUGCACCGAUGCUGUGUUUACUGAAUGACUUUUGCAUUGAUCACACGUGUAUGCUAACGUCCGCCGCUCCCUGGACCAGCAGGCGUCUCAGCUGUCCUCCGGGAUGGCCGGACGAACACACUCCUCUUCAUCUGGGACAGAGCAGGGAUGAGUCCACAUGUAGGUUCAGGUCCUGUGCUUGGCAGAGCCCUGCUGGGUGAGCCACAUGUGCAGCUCUUCUGGAGCCGUUUUUCUCUUCGGUGUGGGUUGAGCUGGGAGAGCUGCUGGUGAAUGACUUCCUGUCUGAUUCAUACUAUAAUGUCUUAUGCAGUGAGAAAUUUCUUCUUGGGAGGGAAAUGUUGUUUCAUAAAUAAACAUGAAAGACAA